CUUUACUCUGCGUUGAAAUACGCCCAAGUGAGUGCCAUUGAUAACAUUUCACCGUCAAGAAAUCGAUCCAUUUCUCGAGUCUGCCUCCAUUUUACCAUCAAACUUGCGCGCGCCCUAAGAAAAGUCUCAGUCGGGUAGGCGCAGGAGCUGGUCCUCUCGUGCCGGCUCGUGCAUGCGUCAACCUCCAGGCUUCUUGACCUACUAAGUCUCGUCGUCCCAGCCGACAUCAUGUUUGUCUUACCACCACCGCCGCGCUACCCGACCCAAGCCGCGUACAAUGCGGCCCUUGCCGGAGGGCAUGUCGCGCCGAUGAUAGAGACCAAUAACAUUCUCUCCACUCCUUCGGGUCCCGAAUACCAAUUCCUUGUCGGCGAGGGUCUCUAUGUCCUCAAGGAAGAUCUGCAUCUUGCAACACCCCCGCCGCAUCCUUCCGAAGCCCCGAUAACGAACCCGAACCCGCUUUCGACAGCGCCCCAGCCCGCGACCGCUGGCACCAAGGCGUCUCUCCUGAGCCUCGAUACACGAUCAGGGCCGCCAGUCUUUACCAAGUCCGGGUCAACAACGAGCCUACCAUCAUCGGGAGGCGACCCUCGGUUCAGCUCCCAGGAGCUCAAUGAGAGCGGGAACGAGAACUCGACCGACGCAGGGAUCAGCAGCGAUGGACGUGGCAAUUCUACAGAGCUUGCCCAGUCGGCCCCAGCCUUUGGGCAAGGGAACAGUUUGUUAGCAAAGCCUCAGACCAAAAGCGGACGGCGAAGACAGCCGGGAAACAACAUCACCAAGAGCAACUCGUCCUUUAUCUCACGCGUUAUCGUUCACGAGACGCUCACCAAGAGAUUACAGGAGCGUGCUUCCGACGGCCUCUUUGCAUUUGCCAAUAUAAAUCGGGCAUUUCAAUGGUUGGAUCUUUCAUCACCGAACAAGGCCGACUACUUGACCAAAAUCCUGUUUACAAAGGCUCAUUGCCUCUGCCAUGAUGUGAACAAGGUCACCAGGAGCACAUCUCAUAUAGAUGUCAUCAUGGGCUUCUCCACAGGAGAGGUUAUUUGGUGGGAGCCAAUAUCUCAAAGAUAUCUGAGACUUAAUAAAAAUGGCAUCACGAACAAAACUCCCAUAUCCGAAAUACGUUGGAUCCCGGGUUCAGAGAAUCUUUUUAUGGCGGCUCACAUGGACGGCACGUUAGUCGUUUAUGACAAAGAAAAGGAAGACGCUGCCUUCUCGGUCGAGGACGAGGAGACCAUUAACGGCAAGGAGAAUAGCGACUCGGGAGCGGCUGCGGGAGCUUCAGGCGAAACCAAGCCCCGAGUUAACUUCAACUUCAGGACAAAAUUGCAGGUCGUAAAGUCGGUCACUUCCAAGAACCAGAAGACAAACCCCGUGUCUAUCUGGAAGCUUAGCAACCAACGCAUCAACGCGUUUGCCUUUUCGCCUGACAACCGUCACCUGGCUGUUGUGCAAGAAAAUGGCGAGCUCAGGAUCAUUGACUAUCUAAAAGAGCAACUCCUCAACAUAUUUCGUUCGUAUUAUGGCGGACUCAUUAGCGUCUGCUGGUCGCCCGACGGCAAAUAUGUCCUCACUGGCGGUCAGGAUGACCUCGUUUCCAUUUGGUACCCCGCCGAGGCAUUGCUCGUUGCUCGAUGCCAAGGUCACAAAUCUUGGGUGACGUCGGUAGCCUUUGAUCCCUGGAGAUGCGACGACAAGAAUUACCGAUUCGGCAGCGUCGCCGAAGACUGCCGGCUUUGUCUCUGGGAUUUCAACGUGGGGAUGCUGCAUCGGCCCAAAGCUACGCCAUCGAUCCACCAGCCGCCUUUACAACGUGCCGAAACCCAAAACACGUCAUCAACAAGGGUUCGUUCUGAGUCUACUGCAUCUAGCCGAGGAGCUGAGCUGUCUCUGCUGCAGUCGGUUCAAGCUCAGGCGGCAACAGCGCAACUACCGCCUGUCUGUUCUAUCAAGAUCGAUAAAGAUCCAUUAUGCUGGCUUGAGUUCACAGAGGACGCCAUAAUGACUAGUUGUAAGAGUGGUCACAUUCGCACAUGGAGCCGCCCAACAGAUGCAGUUGCCCAGGUCGCGGAUAAUUCGGAGAGUUUAUUGACAUGAACACAUGUCAUUCUGAAUUAGUUCUGGUGUAUGUUUUAUAUUCUUCCUCGUUUCGACCAGUUGGCCCAAUCUGCGUCAGAAUCAGUACAUACGAGUAAAUAUCAAACUGCAUGCGAUAUCUCGAUGCUACCUCCGUUCUCAACUUUGACGAAGCAUAUAAAUGGGAUGACUAGAAUAGGGGUAUCACUAAAGAAGGUUCCGCAAGUUGAAAUGGAAGUAACCGAAAGGGGUUUGUCAGAUCAGUCCAUGUCUCAAGAUGGCGAGGAUCCACGUUUAAGUUCGCGCUUAAUAGGUCGGCCCUUGUUCCUUGCGCCAGUUUCCACCAUGCUGGCGUCGGGAUCAUCGCCGUCAUCGUCCUCUUCGCCUUCUCCAUCAGACUCAGCGCCACGUGCUUCUCGCUGCUUGGCGCGCUCAAUUUUGCGUUUCAUUAUAGGAUCCUCAUGGAAGUCGGCAAAGGUGAGCUUCUGUACACAACCACCCAUUGGACAGUCUUUCUCGCCCUGGCCGCGAAACAUGGAUAAAAUUGCCGACUUUUCAAAUGUGUGCUUGCACUUCUUGCUGGUGAUGGGUUCCUGAAAGGGUAAUAACGUGACGGGACACCUGGUGCUUGUCACAGCGGGGCCGUAGGCGAUAUCGUCAUCAUCAUCGUCGCCGCCAUCCUCGUCCAGCCGCGGGUUGCCGUCCUCAUCGAACCAGCGGCUCGCGUCCGGUAUGGCCUUGUCCUCGUUGGGAUGCAGACCGUCGUGCCAGUGCCGUUUGAAGGUGAUGUAGUCGUUGUUCUCUGCAUAUUUCUCAAAAACGCCCUCGGCCUCGUACUCGGCCGCUAGCCUCGCGCGCGAUUCCCUAAAUAUACGUAGUGGGGCAGGAGGCCCAAGCCGUUCCUCCUCGUCGGCGUCCCCGUCGUCCUCCCCAUUUGUACCCGCGCGCACCGCAGCCAGGAACUCAUCCACAUCCUCGAUAUCCUCGAAACUCGUCGCCUCGGCCCCUUCACCACCACCGCCAGCCCGCUCCCGCAUCUGCCGUGGCUGCACCUGCUGCAGCGAGGUGUUUGCCUCGCGCAGCGCGGCCUUGAGAUCGAGCAGGGCGCGCUUUGCGUCGAUGGCGGCGCGGUCGGCGGCCUCGAGCUCGCGGGCGAGACGGG